AUCGGCCCACGGCAGGAGGGCUGUCUCCCGCUCUCCCCCAUCCCCUGCCAUGGGCAGGGCCUGGCCAGGGUAUAAAUAGGUCAGACUGUCGGGCUUUCCCCACUCUUUCUUUCUCCCCAGACCUCUCUCCUCAGUGCUUCCUCUCUCGGCCUGCCCCAGAUCCCGACUGCCGCCAUGGCAUGCCCCCUGGAGAAGGCUCUGGAUGUGAUGGUGUCCACCUUCCACAAGUAUUCGGCCAAGGAAGGUGACAAGUUCAAACUCAACAAGUCAGAGCUAAAGGAGCUGCUGACCCGGGAGCUGCCCAGCUUUUUGGGGAAAAGGACAGACGAAGCUGCGUUCCAGAAGCUUAUGAGCAACUUGGACAGCAACAGGGACAACGAGGUAGACUUCCAGGAGUACUGUGUCUUCCUGUCCUGCAUCGCCAUGAUGUGUAACGAGUUUUUUGAAGGCUUCCCUGAUAAGCAGCCCCGGAAGAAAUGAAGGCUCCUCAGAAGUGGGUCGGGGGGGCCCUGUCAGCCGGGGCUUCUCUCUCUCUUGCAGGGUGGGGCACAGUGCCUUAACCUGGCUCCUACACGUGUGUACAUGAUGUUGAGCAAGUUCAAUAAAAAUUCUUAGAAGCUAUAA